AUGUCUCCCGAAGAACUGGAGGCGUGGCAACCCUCCCAAUCGAGUACACAACGUCCACGAUAUGUCUUCACGCCCUAUGAGCCUGCACGGCUACGGAAGAGCACGGUUGAAAUCAUUGGAGGUGUGAAUCCAACUGGGUUUCUAUUCACAGGUCCAGAUCUGGGUUCAAGCUCAAUCCAUCAGAGCUCUGUCAAUCCUCACCAAUCAUUUCUCCAAAGCUUAAUACCCAGCUUGGAGCACAUCUGGAUGCUGGUCGAUUACCACGAGGUUUAUCUUCUCUGGUAUCACUGUUGUUAUCAUGGACCAACCUUCAGGUCGGAGCUUGAAAGUGUGAUCGCUGAGCAAGAAGACAAGAGCAAGCUGAACAUCACUGGAGUUCGUCUGCAAUGGCUAGCCCUCCUCUUUUCAAUCAUGGCAGCUAGCCUAACAUGUACAUCAGAACAACGUCUAGAAAGCUGGGGAUUUUCAAAGUCUGAGGCCGGCCAUUUAUCGAUUCAAUGGUACAAGGCAACGAUAACAUGUUUGUAUCAGGGUGAAUGGACAUCAGAUCAUGAUAUGUACUCAGUACAGGCUGUUACUACCUUAACGAUGUCAGCUCAUUCACUUGGGCGGUCUACUGAGCUUUCCGUUCUCCUCGCCGCGGCGUUAAAAAUUGCUCAGGUUCUUGGACUUGACAGACUUGAUCAUAAUCAAGCUUUGGAGGACAUUGACACAACAUCUUCUCAAGACAAGCGCCACUCUUUGCUUAUUCGUGAGGUCGGGAGGAAGUUAUGGUCCCAGCUUUGCAUGCAAGACUGGAUGUCACUUCCUUUUACAGGAAACUACAAUAUCAAUCCAGCUCAUUUUAGAACCACGAAACCAUCGAGUCGGGAUCAUCUCACAAUGGAGCCUCUGCCAACCACGUUUCCAACAUACAUUAGUUACGGAAAUUAUCUCUUCGAUAUUGCUAAACUCGGCGUCCGGCACCAUGAGGCAAACCUGAAAUCUACCACGCCAUUCACAAAAUACCAGCAUGUCCUCGAUUAUGAUUCUCAAAUGAGAGAUCUGGCGACCAAAGGCAUGCCUCGCUAUUUCCACGUCAUGGAACCUGUUGAUACCCUUUGGCCACAAUGGGUGCACUGGGCGCGGUCCAGUCUCACAGUAUGUUUUGCACAUAAGAUUAUUAUGAUACAUCGCGCCUACAUUCGACAAAGUUUUACUGAAUCUGCAUACUCGAGGACAAGAACUACGUGUAUAGCUGCAGCAAAGACAAUCCUCAAUGAGACAAAAAAAGCAGACGCGAUUGACGGUCCUAUCAUAUGGAUUGACAAGGCUUUUUGCAUAGCUGCGGGAAUUAUUCUUUGUCUAGACAUAUCACAUCGAAGUGAGUCGGAUCCCGAGUACAUCAAUCACAAAGGUCUUGUUGUAGGUUGUAUCGCACAUCUUCGAAAGUUCGAAAACAGUGUCAUUGCUACUCGAGGAGCAAGUUUGCUUACUGAGAUUCUUGAUGAGCCGCAUCGUCCAGGAUUUGUUCCGGAGAAGACAUGGCCAAACCUCAACGUGUCAGACAUGGUCGGAUCAAAUUCAAAUAUGGACAAGUCUCCAGCAUUCACGGGGCCGGAAUAUCAGGCUUCGGGAGACUUAUUUCCAGCUCAGGCAGGUUUCAGCAACCAAUUUCUCUUUGAAAACCUUCUUUGCCGUGAUCCAACAAUGACAUGA